UGAUCAUCCCAUCGUCAUGAGAGAGAGAGAGAGAGAGAGAGAGAGAAAGCGAGAAAGAAAUUUAUUGUGGCACUAAAAUCAAAAACUUUGCUUAGGUUUUCUAACUUUGUGUUUUGCCUUUUAAUUUAGGUUUUAUUUUGCUUAGGUUGCCCUAAAAACAGAAUUAUUUCUAUUACAUUGUGUUUACUCUGCAUUAAAUGGGAGUCACAUAUAUCGUUAAGGUGCAAAACUAUAGGGGCUAUCAUAGAUUGUAUUUAUAAUCUGUAAUACAUUCAAUUAAUCUCAUAUUUUGUGUUGCAACGGUUCAUCUCUUCCCCUCAUUUUUGACAGGACAGGACUUGUAGUUGACAGAACAGAUAACUCCUGUGUAAAAUUUGCCAACGAACACUCACAGUAAAAUAACAUUUUUAUUACGAGCCUCAACUAACAAGUACAUUUAUCAAAGUUCAUUAGAGGGGAACAACUUUUUUCUGUGAUUGUUAUGAAGCUGAGCACUCUAUCAUUAGAUCAUGCUUGACAUAACAGGAAAUGAAAGUAAGCUUCAUUGUGCUGCGGCAUCAAAUAAAAGGCAUCUUCUUCUUUUGUGGAAGUCACUGAAGCAACAAUAUGUUGCCCUAAGAUAAAUUCAAAAAUGGAGCAUGUGAAACUUAAUAAAAUAUAGGCAGAAGGGAUAGAGAACAAUCAACAGAACAUAAUGAAAAAGUACUGCAUUAUACAGUAAAAUAUAUACGUGGUGGAGAGACGAGUUGGAGAAAGUUCUGCUAGUAAUUCAAAGCCAAACAUAUUAUUUCCCCCUGUCUGUAAAUGCUGAUGUUUUAAACAUUUAAAAGGUUAAAAAAAAGAAAAACAGUAGCGAAUAUCUCACAAUAUUUUAAUAAUCAUAUGAAUCCCUAUUGUUUCUAAAUUAUUUAAGAGUGAAGAAUGACAAUGGUCCGUUGGAGCAACACUAGAUUCUUUUUUCUUUUUUUUUUUUUACUCAGAAAUUACCAGAAAACUCCUUUAAGAUCUAAUAUACAAAGUAUAUAAAUAUAUAAAGUGGUAUAGCCCAUCAAACACAAACGCUGUGUGAUCUCGUUGCACAAAACCUAUUAAACUAUCAUGGCUCCAACCCUGCACCUACUGUUAACCACAACAUAAGAACAUCAGGUUGCAGUGCACGAAGUGUGGCUCCCUGCAUAGAGAUUUUGUACAUCUGACAUUGAAAUAUGAAGAGCUGAAACAGGCUUUGUAUAAGUGACCUGAUUUUUACAGGGUGAGAAGUGCAGCUUUGACCUAACACCCUGUUUUUUCAUGGCAGGAAACUGCACAUUGAGGCGAUAGAUAGAAAAGCACGCAGAAGAAAAAGAGACUGCCUGCUUUUCCACUCUGACAGAUGUUAAAACUUCUGUUAAAAUUAAAAGAUCUGAACGAUUUAAUGUUACUCAGCCUGAAAAUGUUGGCUGAAAGCAGACCAUUGAUGUGGACUCUGUUGCUUCUAUUUGCAGAAGAUGUUUUCUCCAACAAGUGCUUCGUGGAUUACCCCCAGCAAACCAUCUGUGCUGUCAGAGGCUCGUCUGUUGUCUUCUUUUGUAUCUUUAAUAAUAUUGAAAAACAAGAAGUAAAAAAGUUCAUGUGGGCUUAUGUGAAGUCUUCUAAAGUUCGUUUAAUUUUAAAUUACCCUGGGAAUGUAUCUGAAAGAUUUGAGUACGCCGGAGACAAAGAGCAUAACUGCUCUUUAAAAAUACACAAAGUGAAACAUUAUGAUGCUGGGAAAUAUUUUUUCAGAUACAAUACCAACAAAAGAUGCCCCACUAAACUUCUGGUAUUGAACGUUAUUGAUCUGAAUAUUUCGAUGCAAAAAGAAACGAUAAAAGAAGGAGAUUCAGUAAAUCUCACCUGCAAAAACCGCUGCGACGGUGGAGAAGGUUCAUAUGGGUACAGCUGGUUUAAAGAUGGAGAAGCCGUAAAUGAAGGACCAGUACUUCAUUUAACAAACGUGUCCUCUAAACAUUCAGGAAACUACACUUGCUCCCUAAAAAUGAAAAACAGAACAACUUCAGGAGUGGCUCAUGUCGAUGUUGAAUAUGGACCCAAGAACACAUCUGUGCUCGUCAGAUCAUCAUCUGAGAUGGGUGCGGGCAGCAGCAUUGUCUUGAUCUGCUGCAGCGAUGCGCUCCCGCCUGUGGAAAAUUACAGGUGGUUCAAAAUAGUAGACGGUUGGAUAGAGAAAGUUGGUCAUCAGGCUGAGUUGCUUCCUGUUGAUGGUGGUCAGUAUUUAUGCAGUGUCUCCAACAAACAUGGAAGUCAAAACUCCACAGUUUUCACUUUGAAGAAGAAUCCUUAUUGGACGUUUAUGAGAGACAUGCUUUUCAUUAUCAGUGCCAGUGUUGUCCUACUUCUUGUCGUGACAUCUGUUAUUGCUGUUUGCAGACUCACCAAAAGCAAAAUGAGGGCAGAGACAGAACAUCGGGAAGAAAUGCAGAGGACAGAUGGUGCGAAUCGACUUAGGUGUGAAGACAGUCACCAGUCACAAGCUGACAACGAUCUUAAGGUUGAAGAAGCUACAACAGAAAUAAUAUAUGCAACUAUUGAAUUUCAAAAGGGAAGAAAGAGAACCAUGAAACAGCAGGAUUAUGAAAAUGAAACUGUUAUUUACAGCACAGUUCGCAGGAACUAGCUUUUGAGCCACUGAAACAGGACAUCCUCUUAAUGUGAUUGCUCGCAGCGCAGUCUGAGUAAGAGCAAAACCUUCUGCCUGUGGGAUCUUUUUGGUUGGUGGAUGUCUCUUUAGAUGAUGAAAAGAAGUACAGCAACUCACAUUUAGUCUGUCUGCCAGAAAGUAUCACUCUUGAUGAUAACUGAAAAAUAAAACUCCAAUGAGAUUUACUGAGAAAAUGUUGAAGCACAAAAACCACCAUUGUUUGUCGAUACUUGCAUAUUUAUUGGUAUGUGACUACAGAAAAAGUUGUUUUCAAUGACUAACAGUGAGUUACUUCUUUCCAUUUCUUUUAUGUGAGGAAUCGCUCAUAGUAUGAUUCUUGUGAGACACUAGAAGUUUCUUAGAAAUGUUCUCAAAAACAUGCAAAAGGCUGUUCAGUUUUUACUUCUAAAGCCAAGAAAUGCAUUGUUUUUAAUAACUGUUGAACUUUACCUGUAAAUUCUAAAGAAAGAUCUGAAAGUCUGUCUGUGCAAAAGUGACUCAUUCACCACAAUAAAACGACAGUGCCUCCCAA